AUGUCUGGCACCUCUGGUUCAACUUGUCACUACCACCCCACUACUGCUCGUGGGGAGGACGCCUCACACUACGAGCCUCAACUUCGGGCGUGGGCUGGUCAUGGGCAUAUGCCCUACCGUCACGAACCUCCGGCAUAUCCUAAUCGUGUGCCACAAAGCGCGUACAUGCAAGGGUUCUACAACGCGGUCGUUGUUGAUCACCACGGAUAUACCCCGGCGCGCGGUAGCGCCGGAUACGCCCAUCAGACUACGAACUCCGCAAUCGCCGCUACCGCCGGCUUCCCCUCUCUCCCGCCGCACAACACAAAAACAAGAGAGAGUGGGCAGAGUUCGGUCGCGGAUGAUGCGCUGUACCCAGUGGAAGUCGGUUAUAGGCGAAGUCAUCACCAUCAUCACGUACACCACAACGAUCUGCACGGGCAUGACCCUCUGCCGCCGGAGACCCCCCCGACAUACACGCACCCAUACCCGGUCAGCAACGAAUGGCGGCGGCGAUCCAUCAUACCGCCAAUCCCGGAAGCCGUGCGCUCGCAGUCCAAUAGUCUCGCCAACGCUCUUGGAGAUGUGAUUCUCAACCUUGACUCACCGACAAGCACGACCCCGAGUACACGCGCACCACCUCCGCUCGGCGCGAGCACACAGACGCCAUCAUCGCAGAACGUAUGGCCGGCGCCCCCGAUCCCCUCCGUCGAAGCACUACCGGUUACGCCAGAUCAGACCGAGGAUGUCGAACAAGAUAUCAUGCGGGACAUGAACUUCAUCUAUGAGACGGGAUCGCCGGACUCAACGACGACGAGUACGUCCUCGCGCGCAAGAACGAGUGGGUCGCCUGCGGAGGCUGAGCCGCAACGGCGUCGGGUGAAGCGAACCCGUGGACCGAACAAGGGCCCCCGGAAGGAUCCGGGUUUCCUCGCGUGCUUCUUCUGUCGAGGACGCAAGAUAUCGUGCAACCCAGUACAAGGCAGCGAGGACAAAACGUGCGAGUAA